GCCUCCAAGUUUCAUUCCCUCCAUGCGGCCGCGGAGUGAAGACGUGUCGGGUGACACUAGCGUGAAGUUUGUUGACAGUGCGAUCGUAAUAUUCGUCACAGAUUAUUUAGAUUUUACUUUUUUUUUGUGAAGAUGGUGUUGACUGAUUUCUUGACGGAGACCAGGAGGCGGUGGUUGAAGGCUUUCAAAUUGUUCAAGAGGAACAAAAACCACAAAGCGGCUCGCAACCGCAUCUCCCCCGCUUUAGUGCGGUCGCCGUCAUACAGCGGCACCGUCGACGCCCGCUCCGAAAUCGAUCUGCAACGUUUCUGCGCCUGCCGCGCUUCAUUACCACCUUUGAGGGCAGAUUCAAGCGAAAACAACUCCAAUUACAGUAGCUAUAACAGCUACAGUUCUAGGAGCAUUGAAAAUUAUGAAAAUUUCGACGCGGCAAGAUCUGAUUCGGCGUACGAUUCGGCUAGGAGUAGCCCGGCCAAUCAGAGAACGCCAGUUUGCUACGCGACUGUGACCUACUUCAAUGUGAACGACAGUGAGGACAGCAGCAGCAUUCGCACGGAGUUCACACUGCUGGACUGUGACGCCGAUGAGAAGGAUGAAGAUGAGAACACGCAGAAUAUUAUUAACGAAAGCAUCGAGCUGGUCAGUUCGUUAUGAACAGAUUAGAUUGAAAUGAGGAAUUGAGUGAAGUUGACACUAAAAUGUCAUUCGAAUUUAGGUUAGGUAGUUCUCGCCUACAUCAUCUAGGUAUUUCAAAUAGUUUUGAUCUUUGAUUUCAAAAUGUUUUCUUUAAACCAUAAUUUCAAACUCUUGUGAUAUUUGGCCUCAGAUCUUCAACUAUUUACAUGCCAAACAUCGAUUAAGCGGUGUAAUAGUUUAGUAAAGGAAUAGUAAAAGCCCUUCAGUCAGACUCGCCAAAUAAAGAGAGAAGGGAGAAGAUAUCAUCGUCUUAAUAAAUUCCUGUAGUCCAACCUAAUAUAUUAUCUUGCAGGCCAUAGCUAUUGUCAUAACAUUGGAUAAUAACAUUAACAUAAUUUCUAUUAGUUCACAUGCUCGAGAUACUGACCUAAAUACGUGUUAUUGACAGACGGACGAUAUUGUGUUUCUGUAUAUUAUGAUAUACGCUUCUAGGAAUGCGUUGUUAAUACUUUGUUAUCUCCUACUGUUACAUUUCACACAAAAUAGUAUCUUUAACGCGUGUGAGAUUCAAUUUUCGUGUAGAUCGGAAUUAUUUUCUCAAACACUAAAUUCUUUGCGUAAUCAAUAUUACAGUACAAUAACUGUUUAUAUUAUAUGCUAAUAAUUAUGAUGCGUGUUAUUGUUCUCGUAGAAUUCGAAGGUUUAGUAAACUUUGUGUAUAAUGUAGGAUUUUUUUUGUAUGACUGCAUUAUACUAUCAUGUAAAGUUAAAUGAACAUGGAUGUAUGGAAUACACACAAGGUCGUGGAUGCCGACGACCGUGCGAAGUGGAGGCGAAAAAUUAAGAAAGUGGACCCUGGGCUCCGACGCUCAACGGCUGAAGUAGAAACCGGGAAUACGCUUGAAUUGAAUAUUCGAGUAACAUUUUAGUGACACCUAAAGAGUUUACCAAAUAAUUGUGAUAAUUUAAGUGUAUUUAUCAAAUUUAAACCUAAGGCUGUUGAUCUCAUAUGUUUACGAAUAGAUAUUGAAUGGAAACAUAAAUCUAUACUUAUCUAAUGAAAUUUAAAAUAUGUAUGGCCUAUUUUAUUCUCUUUGUCCUAAAUACUUAGGGUGAGGUGCACCAAUCAAUUUUUAUUUUACUUUAACCUGUACAGACCGCAAAAGUUAUCUAAACGACAACCGGCGGCAGUGCGCUGGAACACUAUUUUCAAAAUUUUUUUAGAUGUUGUAUAAAUUUGUUUAUUUUUUAAAUAUUUUGCAACAUCAAUUUUGAUUGAUAGCUUCCGAUACAAUAUAAAAUAGGUAUGUUGAAUGAAUGACAAGAGAGAAAGAGAGAGAGAGUGGAUAUGGGUAGGUACUAUAUGUAUCUAUGAGUGUGAUGUGCUACAUUAUCGUAGUAUGUAAACUAUCAUUAACUGAAUGUUUAUUUUAAAUUUAAAUAAAUGUAAUUUAAGAAUAUCGUUAGCAAUUAAAUUAAAUUUUAAUAAAAUAUUAUCAAAUUA